AUGCCAACCUUGGAAGUGAUGGUCGAAGAGCUGGACCCGGACAAGGUGAAUGAGCAGUUCCGCUUGUGGCUGACGUCGAUGCCAUCAUCGGAGUUUCCCAUUUCCGUGUUGCAAAACGGCAUGAAGAUGACCAUCGAGCCACCGAAAGGUCUGAAGUCAAACUUGCUCCGUGCAUUCUCCUCCAUUGACCCGGACUGGUUUGCCGAAGCAUGCACCAGGAGCACAGAGUGCAAGCAAACCUUCAGGAAGAUGCUUUUCGGUCUUUGUUUCUUCCACGCCCUCAUUCAGGAGCGCUGUACCUACGGUCCUCUUGGCUGGAACAUCCCGUAUCAGUUCUCAGAACCUGACCGGCAGAUCUGUAUGAUGCAGCUCAGGAUGUUCUUGGAAGAGAAUGACUCGGUUCCAUAUGCUGCUCUCCGAUACACUGCUGCAGAGGCCAACUACGGUGGCCGCGUCACUGACGUUCAUGAUCGUCGCUGCAUCAACUUCCUGCUCACAGACUUCUACUGCCCAGAGAUUCUCAAAGAUGACUACAAGUUCUCUCCUUCCGGCGUCUACUACGCGCCGGCCUACUCUGUAAGUUUGGAGCCAUACAUCGAGUACAUCCGGAGCCUGCCCAUCAACCAGAUGCCAGAGGCGUUUGGACUGCAUGCCAAUGCUAACCUCGUCGCAGCGAUCAGCGAGGCCAUGCGCCUAUUGGGCACGGCAGCAGCCCUCCAGCCACGCACAGGAGGAGGUGGGGGUGGUGCUUCUCAGGACGACGUGGUGAUGGAGGCUGCAACGAAGUAUCUCGAGGAGGUGCGGCCGCCUUUCGACACGGAGGCUAGCAACGCGAAGUAUCCUGUGGACUACAACGAGUCCAUGAAUACCGUCCUCAACCAAGAGCUUCUUCGGUUCAACAAGCUCAUUGCGAAGGUCCGAAGUACCCUGACUGACGUGAAGAAGGCUGUCAAGGGCUUGGUGGUGAUGAGCGCUGAGCUCGAGAUGUUGGCGGACGGGAUCCUGACGGAUCGCACUCCAUCGGUUUGGAUCGAAGUGUCGUACCCUUCCCUGAAGCCCAUGGUGUCCUACGUCGCGGACCUUUGCGCCAGAAUCGAGUUCUUCCAGAAAUGGAUUGACGAAGGCAUUCCUGAAGCAUUCUGGUUGUCAGGCUUCUACUUUACUCAAUCCUUUCUGACGGGCCAGCUGCAAAACUAUGCCCGGACUCUGAAGCUGCCCAUCGACACGUUGAUCUGGAACUUCAAGGUGCUGAAGCAUUCGGCAGAGCUCAGUCGACCGGCUUCGGGCUGCUUGGCCUACGGCAUCUUCGUGGACGGAGCGCGUUGGGACGACGACGACAGCGUGAUAGCGGAGAGCCUUCCGAAGGUGUUGUUCAGUGGACUACCGACAAUUCACCUCACACCAUGUGAGACGUCGAAGGACCCUACAGACCGCCGAACGGUCUAUCCAUCACCACUUUACAAAACGUCGGGCCGCAAAGGCACGCUAACCACCACCGGCCACAGCACGAACUUUGUCAUGACGCUCCUUCUUCCGAUAACGAAGCAGCACACAGAGAAGUACUGGGCGAAGCGUGGCGUUGCCUGCUUGCAAGCAACAUCGAAAGUUCAUAGCUUGGUUGCGGUUGGUUACAGACAAGAUCACACGCUCUGUGGACAGAGCCGUACUCGGCAAGACCUGGCAGAACUUGUCGAUGACGUGGCCAAGCUUCUUCACGAGUCCUGCAGGGAGUUGCUGGUUGUUCUCAACUGGUUAGUGUACCCAGCCAUAGCAACUCUGAAAACUGGUGUCCAUUACCCACAAGAGCAGCAGCUUGAUGCGCGCCAGUUGUCGGAGUCAUCGGAUCUCGAGAUUCACAGACAUACCACAAGUCGUUUGAAUCAAGAGGCGGAGCCAGGGCAGGUUGUUCCAUACUUCAAGACUGCCCCGGUUCCUUUCGGCCCGGAAGCCUUUGCUGGCUUGCAGCUAAAGGUCGCCAUGGAGUUUCUCGCAGCAGGAGUUGGAGCUGGGCUCCUCAACUACAACCGGAAGAACUUCAUGUUCGACAAGGAACAGUAUCGGGAACGCGCUUACUUCAGCCAAGAGAUGAAGGUGUCCAAAUACGAACUCUACCGGGAGGACAUCAAGGACUUGACAGAUCUCACCGUGUCCAAGAUGGACGUGUACAUGGUGAUCAACGUCUUGCAACUUCUGUUCUGCGUGAUGUUGUUCACGGAAGGAAUGCCAAAACCUCGAACGACUCCCUUGUGGUUGCACUGGAUUCUAGCUGCAAGCAGUGGUUCUGCCGUCCUGUACUUCGUGCUGAGCAUCUGGCUUGGCAUGCACGCAUCGAUCGCUGCACACUCCUUCGGCGUCAGGCUGCUGACACAGUUCGUUCGGCUGCCGGUGCCCAACUUGCAGCAGAUUCACAGAGCCGCAGCCAAAGCCAAGGACUACGAAGCUCUCAGUUUAACCGACAUGCUUCGAAUCCCGGUGCUACAGCAGCAGUUCAGGAAGCUCAGUGCCACCUUAGGCAAUCUGUCGUUUGAAACCCCGGCUGAGGAUACGACCGGCCUGGAUGACUCUUUCCUACCGGAGGUGUACAUGCCUUCGCUGGAGGAGACAGCGGCCUUGCGGCAUAUCCAAUUGUACAGGGAGCUUCAAGCAAAUUGGCAGGCCUAUGAUGCGUACUGCCGCGUGUGCAUGGCCUUGGGCACAAACCAACUCCUGCAGUCGAUCAACGCCUACUGCCUGGGUGUUCUGCUUUCCGAGACGAGCAGUGGAUGGGCAGCUGCGUGCUGCAUGGCUGUGAUCGGCUCGGUGUCCUGGCUCGUCGUGAGGUUGGACGUGCUUGUCAGCUGGAGGAUGUUGAUGAUGGCCUUG